UUUGUUUGUGUACAUGGAGUGCCGAAUAAGUUGAUAACGGACCAGGGCAGAGAAUUUUGCAAUCAAUUAAACCAGUUAUUCUGUGAGGCUAUGGGAAUCGAUCACAAUGUGGCAUCCCCAUACCACCCACAAACGGGGGGACAUACGGAGCGUUUUAAUCGUACCCUUACCGACAUGUUAGUACACUAUGUAAACGAAAAUCAAAAUGAUUGGGACUGUAAGAUUCCAUUUGUUCUGUUUGCAUAUAGAACAGCGAAACAUAGUACUACUGAUCAAACACCCUUUUUUCUAGUAUAUGGUAGGGAAGCAAGGCUUCCCAUCGAAAUCGAGCUUCCACCAAAUUCUGAUGCAGAACAAAUAGAUCUAAGUGAAAGAGUGAAGAUAUUUAUUAAGCUUGAUCAGUAUCGAAAUGAAGCAUGUGCAAGCAUAAAGAAAAAACAAAUGAGACAAAAGAAGUACCAUGAUAAAAAAGUGAAAAAACACGCAUUCAACAUAGGUGAUGAAGUACUAGUUCACAACACUAGGAAACUUUCAAGGAAAGGGGGUAAACUUGGUCCAAUUUGGACAGGACCUUACUUUAUUCAAGAAGUGUUAGGUAAAGGAGCCUAUAAGCUUGAAGGGAAGCUUGCAGUCGUGAAUGGAAAUAGGCUUAAAAUUUACAAACAUGAAGCGAACAUAUAUACAGAAGAACAUGGCGAGCAAUCGGACGACCAUGAUAAGGAGUCAAGUACCGACGGUUGUGACAAGAAAUCUGAUACAAACAGCCGUGACAAGAAGUCUGAUACCGACAGCCGUGACAAGAAGUCUGAUACCGACGGCCGUGACAAGAAGUCUGAAACCGACGGCCGAGACAAGAAGUCUGAUACCGACAGCUCUGACAAGAAAUUUGAUACCGACGGCCGAGACAAGAAGUCUGAUACCGACAGCCGUGACAAGAAGUCUGAUACCGACAGCCGUGACAAGAAAUUUGAUACCGACGGCCGAGACAAGAAGUUUGAUACCGACAGCCGUGACAAGAAGUCUGAUACCGACGGCCGUGACAAGAAGUCUGAAACCGACGGCCGAGACAAGAAGUCUGAUACCGACAGCUCUGACAAGAAAUUUGAUACCGACGGCCGAGACAAGAAGUCUGAUACCGACAGCCGUGACAAGAAGUCUGAUACCGACAGCCGUGACAAGAAGUCUGAUUAUACCAGACGCAAUAUUAAAAGAAAGCAACAAGAACAACAGAAUAUUCCAUUUAAGAAAAGAAGAGUGUACAUAGAUGAAGAAAGUGAAACUGACGAUAUCGAAAUAAAUCGCAUAGAUCCUAGUACUUAUAUGUCAUUUGAUCCUGCAGGGCCUCAUUGGCAAGAUAAAAACUGCCAGAUUUUCAACAUAAAAGUCAGGAAUUAUCAUAAGCAUAUAAACAGUAGACCAAUGCUUUCAACUUCACAACCGAUAAACACUCCUCGGAUGAGAGGUGAUGGUAAUUGUUUAUUUCGUACUUUCAGUUAUAUUGUAUCCGGUGUCCAAAGCUACUUCAAUGAAGUGAGACAGGCGGUCGUAGAAUUUAUGCUUACACAUAGUGAACGUUUUGAAGGAUACGCAGACGAAUCCUUGUCAGCUUAUCUUAACAGAACCGAAAUGUGGAACUCUGGUGAAUACGGAACUGACGUUCAAAUCCGAGCCUUUUCAACCAUGACAAACACCAAUGUUUUUGUCUUUUGUGAUUACGGGGAUAAGAGAUGUUGGAUAAACUAUCCACCUUUAAGUUCAACAAACAACUCACUAGGUGAGGCUAGUGUGUACAUAGUACACAAAUAUGACCACUAUGAGCCUGUGUUGGACAUCAAUGAGGAAAUCUUCAGUAAACCUCCAUACAUUCCAAUUGGCAGUUAUGUGCCAAAAGAUUUAAAAAUGUACGUUCCAAGUGAAAUGUUGGAAGGCUCUUUGGUUAAUAAUUUCAAGGAUGAGAGUAUUUUACAAGAAUUGCCAUCUGAAUUCCGUCAAAAUGUGAUAUAUGUGCAGACAUUUAAGUACAAAAGUUAUAACAUUAGAGGCUUAGAGCACGUUUCAAAGCGAAUAGAGCCUAACGUGUUUAACCUGUUGUGUGACCAGGGGGACUUUGUUAAAAUGCUAUCUUAGAUAAAUAUUUACAGAAGAAAGACAUUUCUAACAAAGAAAAAUUUGUUUCGUAUGUCGCUUUUUAUGCUUCUUUUAAGGUAUUGUUACUGUUAAACAUGUUCAAUUUCUGACAACAUUGUCAUUUUUUCUAGUAUAUGGUAGGGAAACCAGGCUUCCCAUCGAAAUCGAGCUUCCACCAAAUUCUAAUGCAGAACAAAUAGAUAUAAGUGAAAGAGUGACAAUAUUAAUAAAGCCUAAUCAGUAUCGAAAUGAAGCAUGUGCAAGCAUGUGUUUGUUUAUUUUUAUGAGUUUUCUACAGUAUUUCAGUCCUGGAAAUAACCAGUACCAGACCCCACUCCUCCACGGCAAACUGACAAAUGCGUCCUCCGCUGGGAUUCAAACCCACAUCUGAGAUGUCUUUUGGAUGAGAUGUCGGCG